UGAGUGUGUUCUUAGCCGAGCUCCACAAAGCACUUAUCUGUGCAUACACUGAUCUAAAUGAAUACAGUGAAUUAUGCGCGGAAUGAUUGCCCAUUAGUGCCAUUAAUUGCCUCCGAGUGAACCUGAGCUGCUCUUCAAGGACUCUCUCGGAUUUUUGAAUUGUACAAAUGGCAAAUUAAGGAGGCUUCAUUCUAAAAAUAAAGUAUAAGCAAGGAAGGCAGCGUUAAGGUAUCACCCCACAUCUAAACAGGUUUAAUAAUGUGCCCUGACUGUGCCAACAGAGGGUACUGUUGCCUCACAACAUGCUUAAAUGAGCCCCAACAACAAAAGAUGCAGCCAUGCUGUUUGGGGAGGAAUGUGAGGAAAUAAGUGUUUUUAUAUAUUUAUAACCAUCAUGUUCUUUACGCAUUAUUAGAUCAUUUUACACAGCUUAGAAUAUGCCACAUUAAUUUAAAUUAAAGGUGACCUAUAAUUUCAUAAAUUAAAGGUGACCUUUGAACCCAGCUUGACCUAUAUGGUUUAUUUAAUCUGAUCUAGGUGUGGGUGGUCCUGGAUGUUGGUCUGGUAUUCCAGCUGGCAUUAUAUGAGAGGAAAAAAAUGUAAUUAUAACAAUCAGUGAACUGAUUUAAACAUGCAGGAAGAAAGGGGAAAGACUCUUGGACAUCUUUAGGAUGUAAUGACCAUUCGAGGUGACACAUGUGAAGGUGAGAUGGAGUGAUUUUGGGUUGGUAACUUCACUGAUUCCAAAGGCAGUGUCUGCAACAACUGAUGAAUGAUAGUGACUUUGUGUAUGGAGCCCAUCAGCAGCAGAGCUCCUGUUAGUGUCCAUGCUUGUUGUGUUGUCCGGCGCCUUUUACGCGUCUGUGGUGUCGUCACGGACGCACUUGAACUUGAAUCCCCAUCCCACUCCACUGGAGGCAACCCAAAACCACACACACAAGAAAAAAAACACAGGCUGCUGCUGCUGAUCACACACACACACACACACACACACACAAAAGCGAGGUCCUCCCAAGCAGAGCGGCUUUUCAUCGUGUGAGUCAACAAGAAGAAGAAGUAGCCUCGACACACUGUAGGAAACUAGGAAACAUUGGACCUCUGCUUGUUGGACGAGGAAGGAGGAGGAGGUGUCUUGUCUGCCCGCCUGCUCUCUCUCUCUCUCCCCCCUCUCUCUCUCUCUCUCUCUCUCUCAAUCAACGAGGCUUUCUGCCACCAAGAGCCAAGAGUUGCCGUUCCGCGCACCGAUGCCAAAACGCGCAGGAGGAGUCAGUGCCAAAGGGUCAUUUUUAGCGCACCACUGCUGAAAAUGGAAGGACUGUAGGGAAAUCCUAGAAUAAAAACAGCAGCCCGUUUGACCCCCCACAGAUGAUAUAAUCAUAUCAUUAAAACUAAAGAGAAAAAAGGAGAAAAGAGCCAGUGGAGUGCUUCAUCAUCUGUCACCACCGCGGUCGCUGCUGCAGAAGGUGUGCAUGGGCACUCCAGGAUUUUUCUUUUUUUUUUAAUCUGCAAAACAAAAGGUCAUUUGCAACAACAAAAAAAAACAUAUACCUGCGCACAUAAUCAAGCUCAAGCCGCUUCCUAAAAAAAAAAAAAACUAGCUUCCUCAAUCCAGGUGUUGCUGCAGGACAUUGUGGACAAACUGGUCUUCCAUCCUUUAUUAUUGCGUCCGACUCCUCACCUUUCCGAGCGCGCUUCCAGCAGAAGAAGUUGCAGCCGAAGACUGUGAGCAGCAUAUAGAGGGAUUAGGAGGAGGAGGAGGAGGAGGAGAGAGGAAAAGUUGUUCACCUGCGAGCCAGAGAGGACCGACACCACGGUCCAAGCCGCCGACUCCUCCAAGUGCCGUUCACCGGGCGAUGCCAGAGUAGAUGCCGCGGCGAUGUCCCGCCGCAAGCAGGUGAACCCGCAGCACUUCUCGUUGACGCACCGGGAGACAGUACGAGAGGCCAAUCAUGACUCAGGGGCGGGAUCUCCAUCUCCGGAGCCGUCCACCCCUAGCCCUCGGAGGGUGGGCCCCGGGGAGCACGACAUGCUGACCUGCGGCCAGUGCCAGACCAACUUCCCUCUGGGCGACAUCCUGGUCUUCAUCGAGCACAAGCGCCGCCUGUGCCGGGGGCCCCGAAGUGGACCGGGGUCCUUCUCCAAGCCCGGGGAGGCUGGCGGCAUCCCGGGCAUCCCCAUCUCCCCCAGGGUUGGGUCGCUGCAGCUGGGUAGAGGGUCCAUCCCGGUGGAGGUGGGCAUCCAGGUGACCCCCGGCAGAGAGGAGGAUCUGGAGAGGAGGCUGACGCCGGCCAGGGGGAUCUGCCCCAAACGGGAGAGCGGAGAUAAAGAUGAGCCAUCCAGCUACAUCUGCACUACCUGUAAGCAGACCUUCACUAGCGCCUGGUUCCUGCUUCAGCACGCCCAGCACACCCACGGCAUCCGCAUCUACCUAGACCACCACCCGAUGAACUGCUCCCUCACCCCGCGCAUGGCUCUGCCGCCGCCCCCGUGCGGCGACGCCCUGCCCCGCUCCCCUCUCCCCACUUUCCUCGGCGACACCAACAACCCAUUCCACCUCCUCCGCAUGGCUGCCCCCCUGCUCAGGGAACACCCCCCUCCCCCGGGGUACAUGGAGACCCGGCUGCCUGCGACGCCGCCCUUUCUCAGCCCUCCCCCGCCCCCUAGACCCCCUCUAGAGCGGCUGGGCCCAGAGGAGAUGGGGCUGCUCUCCCAGCACCCCAGUGCCUUUGAGAGGGUGAUGCGGAUGACCCCCAUGGAGCCUCCUUCAAUGGACUUCUCCCGGCGCCUGAGAGAACUGGCGGGCAACACGACCAAUAACGGCGGGCCCACGCCUCCACUCUCACCCAAUCGCGUGCCACCAAUGCACCGCUUGCUGAGUCCCACGCUUUUCCAGCCCGGCGCCAAGCCCCCUGCGUUUCUCACCUACGCCCCGCAGCCGCCCACCUCUCAGGGAGGACACGGUUCUUCCAGCCCUCCCGACUCCCAGAGUCAGAACCAGACCCCGGGGAAAUCCAAAUCCUGCGAGUUCUGCGGCAAGAUUUUCAAGUUCCAGAGCAACCUGAUCGUGCACAGACGCAGUCACACGGGAGAGAGGCCGUACAAGUGCCAUCUAUGUGAUCACGCCUGUUCCCAGGCCAGCAAGCUUAAGAGGCACAUGAAGACACAUAUGCACAACAAGUCUGGCUCCAUGAGUGGCUCCCCAGAACAGGGGAACAGAGAAGACGGAGGAGAGGGUGAGGAGAAGAGUAGGGAGGGGAAUUCAAGAGGAUUGGGGAUGGACAAUGAGGAGGAAGAGGAAGAAGAGGAGGAAGAAGAAGAGGAGGAAGAGGAAGAGGAGGAAGAACUGAGGAAUGGCAGUCGGCCAGAUUCCAAUUUAAGUGAGGACUCCCAGGAGUUCAGCCAGAACAGGGAGAACGGCCCGAGACAGUGUCCCGGGGAGAAAACCCUGAGUGGGGAUAGAGUAAGUGACAGUGGCGGGGUGAGCAUCAUGCACCCGUACAACCAUCUGGACAAUCACCUUAGACUUAACCCUAACAAGAGAAGCCUGGAGAGACAGCCUAACGGAGACGGCGGAGAGAGGGGUGAAGAAAGAGAGAACGAGAGGGGGCAGGACAGAGAGCGAGACGAGCAGGUGGAGCAGAGGCCUGUGAUGAACGGCAGGAUCAGCGUAUCCGAAGCCGACUCCUUCCCCGGGCUGUUUCAGCGUCGGCCCACCCCCAUCACCAGCCCGAACCCCUCCAACAACAAGAGGAUCAAGAUAGAGAAGGAACAGCUGGAGCUUCCCCCAACCUUACCCCUCAUCUCCCCGGAGAACGUCUACUCUCAGCUCCUGGCUGGCUACGCCGCUUCACGCCACUUCAUCAGAGAACCCUUCCUGGGAUUCACAGACUCCCGCCAGUCGCCGUUUGCCACUUCCUCUGAGCACUCUUCCUCAGAGACAGGAAGCCUUCGUUUUUCAACCCCGCCCGGGGAGCUCAUGGAAGGGGGGAGCGCCUCGGGCCGAAGCGGAAGCAGUACCCCUCACCUCAUGCGAGGACCCGGACCCGGCAGGCCCCCGAGCUCAAAGGAUCGGAGGAACGACACCUGCGAGUACUGUGGCAAGGUGUUCAAGAACUGCAGCAACCUGACGGUGCACCGACGCAGCCACACGGGCGAGCGGCCCUACAAGUGCGACCUCUGCAGCUACGCCUGCGCCCAGAGCUCCAAGCUGACGCGCCACAUGAAGACCCACGGGCAGUUCGGGAAGGAGGUGUACCGCUGCGACAUCUGCCACAUGCCCUUCAGCGUCUACAGCACGCUGGAGAAACACAUGAAGAAGUGGCAUGGCGAACAUUUGAUGGCCAGUGAGGUCAAACUGGAGGAAGCGGACAGAGAUAAAGCCAGCGACUAUUAGUCAUACAGUGUACACAAACACUCACACACACCCACACACACACACACACACACAAAAGCAGACACACACACACACACAAAAUCCCUAUAACCACUCCUUCAGCUAUGGGGCUUGGCUGGAUAAUCUCUCUCUCUUACAAAAAAAUUGAGACUGAUUGAUGUUCAUCUUUUUUUCUUGUCACAGAAACUGCCACCUGAGAAUAUAAACAAAGGGAAACUUUAAUGAGAACUUGUCUAGAAUGCACAACUCGGUGUUUCUUGGCAAACCGUCUGAGGAUUUUAUCAGUUAGGAAUCCAUGGAGCCUUUCUACUGUGCAAUAAUUUCUGUAUUUAUUGGAUUUUUGUAAUGAUAUUUGGCAUGUGCAGGUACAUCUUUGUGGGGUUUCAUAUGGAGUUAGUUUUGAAAUGUGCUAAAACAUUUUUUUUUUCUAAAAUGCGGGAAGAAGUCACAAUACAAAUUUUCCUUUUUUUUUCUUUUUUUCUCCUUUAAGGAAGCUUAUUAUCAUGUGUGAGUAAAAUUGUGCAAAGCAGUUAGCUUUUUAAAGUAAUUGUUUUCUAUAUGAACUGCAGCAGCGGACUACAAUCCACUCCCUCAUACAGGCCUAAAGCACUGAAUGUCAGCCUGACAAUAAAACACCGUGCUGGAUUUUAAAAAUCCAACCAUAUCUAGACCUGAUACUUAAAAUUAAUUCAGGGAAUUUGUCCUUUUUGAAUAUUGGCAUGUGAAUAAUUUCAAAAUGCAGUUACUGUAUUGCUGUCCUCGGGUCAGUCAGGACGUAAAUAAAGGUUGCACUUAAUGGAGGUACCUUUAAACUGAUGCUCAGUACAUUCCCAAUGUAGGAUUAAAAUACCAUAUUUAAUAUGUUGAAUAAGUUAAGACUACUUGUGAUUAAUGUGAGAAGGAGAACAGUCCUGUUUAUGGUUUGUAAAUAUAUUUUUUUUGAUAUGUUAAAGUAGCCCCGACUGUACGUGAAAGACGGCCUAAAACUAAACAAUCAGAAGACCAGCUGCUUGCAUCAUCCACAGUAUAUGCUAAGUGUAACUACCACUCAUUAUUGCUUUAUCAGACCCCACCUGGUUAUCUCCCCCACUCCCCCAUCCCACGUGUGCUUACUCAAUGGCAAUUUGUUAAACUAAAAGCUACUUCAACAAUUGUAACACUUUUCUGAAUCGUUCUCCAUCUCCCUUUUGCGCCGCGGCGUCUCUUUCUCUCUGACCCGGGUCGACUUCCUGCGUCCCCCUCAGGAUCCACAAAAUGGUUCCAAAUGAAACUCAUAUCAAUAUGUGUUAGCGUGUGUGUUCUCCUCUCCGCGGCGUGCUCUAAGCCUCGCUCUCCGACGGCGUCUUUUCACAGUUCACUAGCUCAGAUUCAUGCAUUAGAGCGGCUUUUUAAAAGGAAGCCCUGUUCAUUCGCCUCACACACACAGCGAUACGGGUUUAACUCCCAGUAACAGAUUUUGAGACAGUGUGCACGUUCGUGACUUUUGGGGAUUACAGCUUUUAUUUUCUGCAUCGUUCAUCCUGAAAUGAAUCUGCUAGAGAGAAAAAUAUAUGAGUUAUGAUAAUUUUGAGCACAGCUGCAAUGGGGGGGAUGGCCGGGCGACCUUGAGUAGGGGCUAUUCUUAUAGCAAGAAUGAAAGAUUGGAGCUGAGAAAUGAAGAAGUGUGAGAAAGAAAUGGAGGGAGAGAGAGAGAGCAAGACCUUGGCCAGGGAGAAGAGUCAUUCAAAUGAAAUUGGAAGCAUAUGAAAAGUGUGUUUUUUUUUUGUACCCAAAUCUACCGGCCACAUCUUAUAACGGACCGUCAGAGUGAGACAGAGCAAGCGUGAGAGGGAGGGAGAUGGCGAAGCCACAUGAAAGGAGAUUGAGAGUACAUCUUUCAUUUUAGCGCUGCAAUUCUCAAUCAUCUUCACUUGAGAGUUUGACCUGCUGUUCUGCCCUAUUGUCAGGUUUUAUCUGCGCCAUUUUGUUUCGAUAGAAAAAAAAAAUGAUUAUACUGUAUCUUGAAUCCUCCUUUUGUGUUUUUUUAGAAAGGAAAUGAUGUUGAGGCCACAGCAGCUCUUCAUAAGUUAGUGAUAUCUUAACAAUUGACACGAGAAGCUGCUUUUGGCUCGCUUGCACAUGUCGAUGCAUGAGAGCAAAAAUCAAGAUCCCGUUGCGUAUACGCACAGUGUAUUCACUCCAAGGAAACUCAGUUCAGUUCAGCCAAAUCGAGGCAUACAACUAUGAAAUAUAUCCCAUCCAAACGAUGGAUAUGGGAGCCCUGACAGAGAUCCAAAUCAUUCAGUCUUACAAUAUGUUUACAGUGUUGAAGUACGCCAUUAAUGAAAUACUCUGUGUAAGUGUUUAAAAAUGAUAAUAAAGUAUUGUUUUCUCCAAUGUUCUUUCAAAUGUUUUUUGAAUGCCAUAGCAGUUUUGUAUGAUUAUCCUGGUGGAGGGAUUUUAUCUUCAUGUUUCUGUAUGAUUACUUGUUCACUGUAUGGGAAGACAAUUUUUUUGAAAUGUAAUAUUGCAGAAUCAUGCCAGAUUAUUAUUUUUUUCUAUCAAGAGUGGUGCCAUUAUUGACUUUUGGUCUGUUUUUUUUUAUUAUUUUAUUUAAUUUUUCUUUUGAAAGAAUUUCCUGUUGUUGGUUUGGUGAAGCUAUCCUCUAUGGAUGUAAAACAAAAAUGAUUUAAAAAAAAAAUAAAUGCAAGAAUGAGAUCCUAAAGGAAGAACCUUCGGCAGGGGAAUGCAUUAAUGCAUUGUGCGGAAAUCCUUUUCCAAAUCAAUUUUCUGAGACAUUCAUGAACAUUAUGUUUUGUUUUUUUCCUCAUGGUUGGUUGAAGGUCUUGUGACGGCACUUACAACUGUAAUUUUAAAUGCAUUUUCAUAUCUCACUUUUCACGACUUUCACUUACACUCUUUGUACAAAAAUAGUUUCCUUGUUCUUUUUUGGGGGGAGUGCAUCAUUGUGGAAAAAAAAGUGAUUUCAGAACAGUACACAUCUGCUGUUUUGAACAUAUAUGUAUUUUUGUAAUGUGUUGAAAAAUCAAUACAAGAAAGCCAACACUUCAAUAAAUGUUGCAAUUGCUCUAUGAUUGAA